AUGUGACACGUCUAACGCUUAGGCCUGGGCUGGCAGCGCAGCCGGGAUAAUCACCCUGCCGACCCCCCGUUAUUAACUUGGCCGCUGGCCGCGCUCCCUUCCCGCCCGCAGCCGCGGGGCCGCCGGUGCGGAGCGGCCGCUGACAGGUAGCGGCCAUCGGCGUCGCCGGGCGAGCCCGUUGGGAUGGAACGUUGCAGGAUUUUACGGGAGCAGUCUGUGCGGGGCUGGGUAUCCAAGCUGCCAGACUAUCCAAGGUUUGAUGGAAUCGUCGUGGGUUCGUUCUGGUUUUAAACUUCCAUCGCAGCACCAAGUUCCCUUGUCACCAAUUUUUAUUUGUUUUGGUACAGAGAGGUGUCUUGGACAAUAGGUGACAUGAAAUGCCCUUGGGGACAGAAGCUGGAUGGUUAUGUUGUGUCAUCCCCUCAAAUUUCUUGUCUUAUAAAAAUGUGCAUAACCUGUUAAAACAUUCAAGAUCAAGACUGCAGGUUUUCAGCUCUAGAUCUAAUCUCCCACCACAGAACAGGACCUGUUUUCAUCAAUGUCUGAGUUGCACGUCUCUCAUUUAAUAACCAGACUCCAAGCUUCUACGCUUUAUCUGGGCCAAGCAUUUCUGGUCCUCCAACCUAUAAAAUGGACCCUUUAAUAUAAACAAAAAAAUCUGGAUUUUGCACAAUCUAUCCAAAUGCAACCUGUAAUUCAUGGCAUCUUGUCCAGCUGAUGCAGAGCAGCGCUGUGGGCCCAUAUGAAGACUGAAAUGUGAGUGAGUCUCCCAGAAUGUGUGUGCUUCCCUCUGCUCCUGCGGGCAGCAGGACUGCUGUGGUGGUAGCAGUCUUUGCAAAUUGUAGAAAUUCAUCCUGUGUGGGUCUUGGUGUGGGAUCUGCAGGUGCAGCUCCUGCCUGGGGUCUCUCACCCCGCCUGACCCCGUGGUGUGGUGGCUGUGCUGUCCCUGCAGGGUGGAGAAAGCACUCUGGGAGCCUGGUGCCCUGCUGGGGACCGUGUGUGUAGAAAAGAGGCUUCAUUUUCAAAUUAGAUUAAUACAGUCUCAUUCAAGAUGUUUGAAUAAAUUGGACCACGAUUAUGUUAAAUGAAAGAGUGAGUCACUUCACCAUGAGCAGAGAGCUUUAUUCUCCAGUCAUCCUAGGCUGCCAGAGCAAUCCAGACAGUCAUGAAUGUGAUGGCCAGGUCCUUUACUGCAGGAAAUAGAAAAACCAUUCACAGAAACUAUAUGGAGAGAGGGAAUAUUUUGUUGUUCUACAGAGGAGAAUGUGAUCAUUGUUCUGUCUUGCAAUGUAGCUGCAAUAAACUAUCAGAAUUCAGCUGGCAAUCCAUUACAAGGCAAGUCCCUUACAAACAAGGAAAUAUUUUAUCACAACCAUGUCUAGUUGGGCUUUGCUCUACGUGUAAGAACGAUACGGUGUUCUGCGCUCUUUUGAGAAAGUCGAUCUACAAGUGAUAAAGAUGCUGAAAGUGCAUUCCAGCGGGAGCAACAUGAAGCUCAUUGUUAAUCAUUCCUGUGUCCCUGUUUUAUUUCGUGGAGGGGAGUAAUAAAAAUGGAGCGUAACGGUUCCAAACGUCGAGAAGGUUCUGCCCCGAGCCGGCCGUGCCCUGGGAUCAGGUGGGGCUGUCCGUGGCCUGCAGGGAGGGCACGGGCCGGGGAGUGGGAGCCGGGGGCUGCAGCUCUCCCGCCGCGCUGCUCCUGUCACAUGAUGCUCUGCACAGUGCCCUGCUCGCACUGCAGCUGCCUCGCUGCCGUGCACUCACAUCUCACAUCUCCCCUCUUCUUGCAUCGCUUUCAUUCUGCUUUGGCUCUGUCGGCGUUAAAUGGAGCUGUUGGUGAUCUGCUGCGGCGCAGAUGGAUAAUGGGAAUUCAUUGGGUUAUCUGGACACGUUACUUUGUUGGCUUAUCUUUUAUUGUGCUUGGUGUGCUUUGGGUAAGGAGGGAAGAUGUCUGGUGUGGAAGUCUGUUCUGAGGUGGUGUUACUGCCUAAAGAGCUGCAGUGGAGCUGAUAUUAAACAAAAACCCCCAACAGCCCCGCUAGUCCCCUAAAGCACAGUACAGCUAUUGGAUUCUGACCACAAAAACCUGGAUGUUGAUGUCUUUUUAUACAGAACUUUACACGGUUCUCAUUUUUUCAUAAAAAUGAUUGCUUCCAUUUUGGAGCAAUCCUGGGAGAAGGACAACCAAGACCUGUACAUGCAGAUUUUAUAAUAAUUUUGUUUGGUGUUCUUGCAUAAGAAUGUUCUGCAGGCUUGGCUUUUAUAGCUAAGGUGCACUGUUGAAGCACAAAAGCUCUGUUCAAGCUGUGUAAUUUUUAAACAGGCUGGAAGCAAAGGUAUGGUACGGAGCAUGUGCUGCAGCAAGAGGAGACAGUUCAAAGGAGUGGACCAAGUUGGUGUGGGAGCUGCACUGAGGGUCAAAUCUAGGUCUGGUUCUGUAAAGUAUGUAAGGAAGUUGCCAACACAAAUAUUACCUUGCAGCUUACAUGAGCUGAGAGAGCGCAGCACAGCCCUGCAGCAGGGAUGGAGCACAGUAACCAUCAAUCUGGUUCCCUGAGGAUGUCAGUCCGGAAAGGAAGUGUGCGCUGCCAGACAGCCUGCAUGGAGCUGCAGGUUUAGAGGACUUGUUGUUUGAAGUAUUGUUAAUUAUUGCUAUUAAUAUAAUGGAACACAGACUAGAAGCUGAGUUUUUGAAGUAUAAUUAAAGCAGGAGUCAGCAGAGGGAUUUCUGUGCUGUGAGGCAGAGGCACGGCUCAGGAGCAGUACCUGCUGAGGAAGGUGAAUUCCCAGAGUGGCGAUGCUCUCCAUGCAAUUCCCAGACGCUGGAUUGGAGGGAAGAGCUGAACCGAAGGGAUCAGAAAGCUUUCCCAAGCUUGUCCUGCACUCCCUUUUGUCAGAAUACAGUUCCAGUUGGAAGGCAGCCACUGGCUCCUUGGCUGAGGAUGGGAACAGGCUGCAGAGUGUGACGAUAGCUGCCCUCCAGAUCGGGCACUGGCCUCAGCUGCCAUUUGGGCCAGCCAGUAAAUCAUUUGGCUGGCUGGAAGGGAGCCUCUCCAUCUCUCCAUCCCACUGCUGUACAAUGCAGCUCCGUGCUAGCUGUUUCAUUUCGAAUUAAUGAGUGUACAUAAAAGAGUUAAAGCAUCAGUUGUUGUCAGACGAAGAAAGAAAAAUCUUUCUUGUGACUGGGAUGCUUUUCAGGAACUUGGCUGCCGGGAAGGCGAGAGGCAUGUGCUUUUCCACCCUGCUUUAGGUGAUGGCUUAGUUCAAGGGGGCCCAGAUUUGGCUCAGUCAACAGUUGUGUUGGCGUCUUGCCAUCAAAUGUGCAUAAAAUGGAGCUGACUGCAAUUCCCUGCUCACUCUAACAUGGAGGGGCAGCGGAGGGACCCAAGGCUGCUGUGCUGUGCCGUGGCUUGCCUUGGCUGUGAGGGUUACCCUGGGGUGUGCCAUCCCUGCAGCACGAGCUCUUGCUUUGUGACUGGCUCGUUGCUUUCCUGUCCCUGGGUCGUAUUUUGGUGGCUUGUCAUAACUAAUGCGUUUCAGCCCUCGUUGUGCCUGUGCUCCCAAAAUCUCUCUCCUUUCUCACAGUGGCUCAUGUGCUUUUCCAGAGGCAGGAGCUUGGUCUCUCACUUGCAGACUCUUGCUAUGGUUCUGUGGCUUAUGCGCAUUGCCACAAAAUCGAGAUAAAACACAACUGGCAUUUUAGCUGCUCCAAGAACAUUGUGUGUAAAUAAACCACUAAAUAGUUCAGCCUGUGAAAUGUAAAUACACACAGCUCACUGCCACAGCUGAUGGUGUUUUUCUGUCUCCCUUCUACCCUCCCACCCCUGCCAAGAGUGGGCCAGCCUGAUGGUUUUUUUCCUCUUGCUCUGUCAUACAAAGCAAAGGACUGCUAAGUACCAUGUAGGUGGUAUGCAGGCACCACCACAGAUUCAUGAUUUGAAUUUGGAUGAAAAGAAACGCUUAUGUCCUCUUCCACAUUGCUUCUGCACCAUCUUCUGGAGAUUCCUAGAUUCUGAUGACCCAGAAAUUCUUCUUUGGUCUGACUUUGAGCUUGAGCCUGUUUUUAAUAGCAAACCAGUGAAGUCAGUAGAAGAGCAGAGGCCCAACUGUGAUGACAUUUUUAGCCUGUGCCCUUUGUUCAUCCUGUACACAAAAGGUCGUGAACUGCAGUGAAAGAGGGAUCACAGAGGGCGCAGAACAGACAAAGCUGGAACAAAUUGUCAGUGGCAGAAACAUAAAGAAGAGAAGCGAAAGUUUUGUGCUCUGAAGGCGAUGGAAGGCCACGUGCAUCCCACGGUGAGAUCAUGUCUCCUGUGUUCAGAGUGAUCCGCCCAGAGAGGAUUCAGAGGAGGCUGCUGGUGAGGUGUGGCUCCCAUGAUCUCAGUGUAGGAGGCAGGAAGGGACUGCACGGUUUCCAUGGCACGAUGUUAAUGAGCACCUCCGCGUGUUUCUGAGGGGAAGGAUGCCAAAACUGCAGUUCUGGAUACACACAGGUGUGCUUCCUAGCAAUAGAAGGAUUUUUAAAUACGUCUGAAACAUACAAAAGGCCUGAUUCUACAGGCCUUGAAAUUAAAGUAAUGGGAUUGACACUGCAUAUUGUAUUUUCCAACUCAUUUGACUCAGAAUGGAGUUGAAUGUGUGGUGCUGCCUAUUUCCCUACAGGAAGUCAUGACCCUGUUCCUGACGAGAUUUCACAGGUAAUGCAGAGGUGGCAGCUCCCCUUAAAUCUGAGCUCUUGUCUUCUCAUCCUCUGAUGUGCUGAAGAAGGAACGAUGCAUUCAUGUGAGAGCAGAAACUUUCAGUUUGCAGUAAUAAAAUUUGUGUAACUUGUAUAACAGUUCUUGUGUAACUGAGUGCCUGCUCUGUGCCACUUCCACUGGCCACAGCAGCGUGCAGCUGGGGAACGUGUGCGUGGGUUUAUCUUGUUUUCUUAUUUAUCCCCUGCCUGCUCCUUUCCCUUUUUUAGGAAUGCAAUUGCACGAUCAGGCUUCCUCUUUUUUCUUCUUCAAGCAGCUUUUCAAUCCCUUGUCUAAUGUAACUGUUGUUUUUGUAGGGGGAAAGGUCCUGAAGAUUAUCUAGUGAGUAGUUUUCACAAAAUUCAAAAGAAGUUGAAAUAAUGUGUUUAGUGCAUCUGUUAAAGGGAAGGACAGACAGAAGGAAGCAUCUGGCCAGCCCCUCAGAACGUGUGGAGCCCCAGGGCAGUGGCAGCUUGCCCUGUGCUGGGGAGAGCUGGAUUUAAUGGGAUGCAGAGGGAAGGAUCAAUCCAGGUCGAUGUGGGACCAGGCUCCCUGUGCCUGUAGGAGCAACUGCUGGCCCUGACUGCUCGUGCACUGGGGUGUGGGUGUGUUCAUACACAGGCUCACUGGGGUUUGUGUCUUUUUAUUAUUUUCUUAGUGAUUUCCCUCUUGCCUAAUCCUUAGAGGUAACAAUAUUUUUGCAAGUUAGCUCUAAAAAUAUGUAUUUUAGUAGGAAAACCAGUUUCUUGGAGAAUUGUAACUAUGUAACUCCAAUAGGAGGUAGUUGCUAGACAUAGUUACAUUUUUAGGUGAUUUUGUCAGCCAUGCUGUAAUUUGUACACGAAGUCAGUAAUUCAUUUAUCCUUAGUGCCCUUCGAAGUAAACAAACAUCCAGGCAGAGAGAACAUGAUUUGACCAACAUUAUCAGUGAGAUACAACAGCUGCUUGUUUCUGUUUCCUAAGUUAAAGUUGCUUUUCACUGUAGCAGUCAGACAGAAGUGUCCCCAAGCCCAGGCUGUGUCGUUUUCCUCGUGCAUGUGCACAGAGCACUGAGCAGAGCUGGGACACAACGCUCAGGUUGUUCCAUGAGCUGGCCCUGGGCACUGCUGUCCCCAGGGACUGAGCCUUGCCAGGAGCUCAGGUGUGGGCUCAGCCUGCUCCCAGAUGCUCCUGCAGCAUCCGGCGAGCUGCUGGAAUGGGAGCUGAUGUGUCUGGAAGAGCUGCAGCCUCUGCAGUGCAGACGUGCCCUGAGGUGAACAGUGGUUGGGGUGAGGAAUGUCUGUGAUUGCUUCCAAAUUUUACUAAAAACCUUGGAAUCAUAAAGAAAUCUUUCCCCCCCCGCCUACAUUUUGUGAAGAAAUGGUUUGAUAUAUAACUGCUCAUUGCCAUUCCCUCUGAAUUCCUGACUCCAGCAGGCUGUGAGGUUUUCAGUGCCUGUCUGGGGGGAAUUGCUAAUUAUUUAUUUCAGUGUUUCUUGGGCAGAACUGAAUGGUGUCUUGGGAACUUCAGGGCAGUGGCUGUUGAUGGAGAGUUAGGUAUUCUGGCAGGAGGAAUGAAUUUGGUUUCUAAUGCAUUUUGUGUUGUCUGAGGCUCUGUCAGGACUAGCACUCUGAGCAGAUCACAUGGAAACACACAGAUGGUUUUCCCAAAACGUGCAGUGUAGCGUUGAAAGAAAACAUGAGACACGAGUGUGCCAGUCUGCAGAAGAAAGGGACGGGCAAAUAGGGUGCCAAGGUAGGCAUCCUGCUUGGUGAAGGUAAGAUUGGCUGGUUUUUGGUAGAGUUUUGGGACAUGAUGGUUGCAGGCUUUGUGUAUGGACGAUCAGGAGGUUGGUUUUAUCUGUGCUGGUAAUUUGCAGAUAAGGAAUAGAUACCAGCUGGGCGCCUGGCUUUGUGUCACAUCCCCUUUUGGCAGUGAUGCUGUGGGAGAUGUGUCAGGAUGGAAAGUGGAAAGAGAGCUGGUCUCUCACUCAAGGUUUGACAGCUUUAAAAUCCUGAUAGACUGGAAUGUGUUUUCCACCAUUGGGUUCUGUAGAGAGCAGCUCUAGGAACAUCUUAGUUUGGGGAAAAUCCUGUAUCAACAAGAUAGAUGAACAAAGUGUGUUUGCUUUUGGUUUUUGGUUACGACUUGUGCCUCUAAGCAGGGAGUGGGAAGCAUUUGAAAACCAGUCAAGGUUCCAUAACUGAGAAGUGAUGGCUUAAAAAAAGGCAGUUGAGUUGUACAAGUGCUCUGUCAGGAGGUCCAGGUGUCACAUGCAGGAAACUGCUCCUGAUUCUGCCUGUCCUCACUGAUACAUGAGCUGACAGACCCCUGACAUCCUCCUGUGCCCUCAGGUUACACCACGGCUGCACCUUCAGCGUGCGAGGUUUCCUUUGCUGUACACGUUGGGUGGGGAGUUGUGACCCUCCCCUUCCAGCAGGCACUGAAUGGCAGCUUGCAGUGAUGCUGGCUGUGGAGCAAAUCUGAGAGGAUGUAAUGCACUUAUUGAACACAUCCAUGCUGGGCUUGCAUUGUCAGCUGCAUUUCCCUGACCCAGAGCGUUCCCUCAUGGCUCACAAAGCCUGCCUUGCUUUGCAGGCCUGGAUCCCAGGGCAGGGCCAGGGGGGAGUGCGUACCAUUAACUUCAGCACUCUUUUUCUCUUCCAGCUAAGCCUGGAAAACCUUAGCCAAAAGACAGCAAACCACAGGGAAGUGGAGACGUGUGUGAUGACUGAGCUUGCCCUAGAAGAAACCAUGUCAUCAGGGGGAGCUGAAGAUGAUAUUCCUCAAGCAGAGAGAAAAACGGUGACAGACUUUUGCUACUUAUUGGAUAAAUCUAAGCAGCUCUUCAAUGGCUUAAGGGAUUUACCUCAGUAUGGGCAGAAACAGUGGCAAUCCUAUUUUGGGCGAACAUUUGAUGUUUACACCAAACUCUGGAAGUUCCAACAGCAGCACCGACAAGUAUUGGACAAUCGGUAUGGGUUGAAGAGGUGGCAAAUUGGGGAAAUUGCUUCCAAGAUUGGGCAGCUCUAUUACCAUUAUUACCUGCGCACCUCAGAGACCAGCUAUCUCAACGAGGCGUUCUCCUUCUACUCAGCCAUCAGGCAGAGGUCCUACUACUCCCAAGUCAACAAAGAAGACAGGCCUGAACUAGUGGUUAAGAAGUUGCGUUACUAUGCAAGGUUCAUAGUGGUUUGUCUCCUGCUCAACAAGAUGGAUGUUGUAAAGGACCUUGUGAAGGAGCUGUCAGAUGAAAUUGAAGACUACACGCAUCGUUUCAAUACUGAAGAUCAGGUGGAGUGGAACCUGGUUCUUCAGGAAGUGGCAGCAUUUAUUGAGGCAGACCCUGUCAUGGUUUUAAAUGAUGACAACACCAUUGUAAUCACCUCUAACAGGCUUUCUGAGACGGGAGCUCCGUUGCUGGAGCAGGGGAUGAUAGUGGGACAGCUUGCUCUUGCAGAUGCGCUCAUUAUUGGGAACUGCAACAACCAGGUCAAGUUCAGUGAACUGACAAUCGACAUGUUCCGGAUGCUGCAGGCUCUGGAGAGGGAACCCAUGAACUUGGCAUCUCAAAUGAACAAACCCGGAAUGCAGGAGUCAACAGAGAAACCAGCCAGGCGGGAAAACCCCCAUAAAUACCUACUUUAUAAACCAACUUUUAGCCAGCUAUAUACAUUUUUAGCAGCAUCAUUUAAGGAGCUGCCUGCCAACAGCGUGCUGCUGAUUUACCUGUCUGCCACGGGCGUGUUCCCAUCAGGUCGUUCGGAUAGUGAAGGUCCCUACGAUUUCGGGGGAGUGCUGACCAACAGCAACCGCGACAUCAUCAACGGGGACGCCCUGCACAAGCGCAACCAGGCCUACAAGGAGAUGCACUGCCUUCACCCUGGAGAUCUGUACCCUUUCACCAGAAAGCCCCUGUUCAUCAUCGUGGAUUCUUCCAACAGCGUCGCCUACAAGAAUUUCACAAACUUAUUUGGACAGCCAUUGGUGUGCUUGCUUUCUCCAACAGCAUAUCCAAAAGCAUUGCAAGAUCAGUCUCAGCGGGGUAGCCUCUUCACACUCUUUCUGAACAAUCCCUUAAUGGCAUUCCUGUUUGUCUCUGGAUUAUCAAGCAUGCGCCGAGGAUUGUGGGAGAAGUGUCAGGAUUACCUCCGGAAAAUCAACCGGGACAUUGCCCAGCUGCUGACCCACUCUCGCUCCAUAGAUCAGUCCUUCCUUCAGUUUUUUGGGGAUGAGUUCCUUCGCUUGCUUCUCACAAGAUUUAUCUUCUGUUCGGCUACGAUGAGGAUGCACAAAAUCUUCCGGCAGGAGACUCGAAAUUAUCCCGAAUCUUAUCCUCAGCUGCCAAGAGAUGAAACGGUGGAGAACCCUCACCUCCAAAAGCACAUUUUGGAGCUGGCUUCCAUUCUGGAUGUUAGGAAUGUUUUCCUGGAAAACACACUCGAUGACUAUUAAAAGAAACUGUCUUAUUGCAAAGGGGAUUCCCUGGCCACAGAUUUUGAAUGGUGCAGUUUUAUAAUGUGAAAAUCAUAAAAGGAAGUACUUGAUUUUAUUUUUAAAUUUAGGACCAUUAUUUUAAAAAGUAAUAAUAAACAGCUGUUAGUUGAGCUGUUCCAUUCUGUAUGGGGUCAAUUUUAUAAGCAGAAGUUUUCAUGUCUUUUAAAUGUUAAACUAAAGAAUCACAAGAAGUUUAUUUCUGGUCUUGUGGCUGUCAACCACAUUUCCAACAGCUGAUCCUAAGCAUAGAAGUAUUAUUGGUUACCUUUAGCCCACAUUUGUGGAAAUCCUUUAUUUUUGUACAAUUUUAAGAAAUUGGAAAGAAAAAAAAAACAACAGAAAAAACCCAAUAUUUUAUCCCCAAAGAGUUUGGAUUUGAAAUGGUAAAGAUGGAACCACACAGUGCAAACCAACAAUAGCAAUAACACAGAUUCCUUCAUAACAAAUAUAUUUUUUCAGUCUUAGGCAAGCGAGGAAACAAAACUGUGGGCAAUUAAGUUGCAUUUGGAGCAGUGUUUUGAAGUGAAUUUGUAAAGAUGCUUAAAGCUCCCUAUAAGUUUGAUGCAGCAGUUUUCUGUUUGAGCUGUGUACUGCUGGCCAAGGACCUGGCUGGGCUUGGGGUCAAUAGUGAACCAACUGCAAACCCUGAAGGUCAGCCCCCACCUCUCACUGGCAUGUGGGGCAUGCUGCCACAGCAGGAGGGGGCAUUCUUCAGUUUGAGGUACUGUGUGGAUGGAAUGUGUGGCUCCCACAGCAUGAGCAGUCCCUGGCGGAGCUGAGAGGGUGUCCUGCACAGUGCUGUGCCUGUCCCUCGUGUGUCUGACCCUGCUGUGCACAGCCCCAGAGAGGUGCUGAUGUCCCCUUGCAGGUGAGGCCAGCUGGGAGCUGCCAGAGCCCCCCCAUGCUCUGUCCUGCCCUCAGGAGCUGCCAGGGGCUGGACCUUGGCAGCACCAUCACUCCCCAGCCAGGAGCUCGGCUGGAUGGGUGUCUGCAGGGGGACAGUGGCCUUUGGGAAGGGGCUGGCUGGAGAAGGCUCUAGUGGCUGCUGGGAGAGGGCUGGCUGCCUCAUUUGGGACUGCUCUGCCUGCCCUGCAGAGCUGGAGGAGCUCUGGCAGCUCCUGGCAGUGCAGGGGGAGCAAGGAUGAGGGAAUGGAGAUACUUUAAACUAUUAAAUGGAAAAGUCAAUUGUCACUGUUGUUCUGUGGGCUGAUCGAAGUGAGAGGACAAGUCUAAUCAGACCUUUUUGUUUAACCCCAGCCAUGCCUCUGUGCUUAGGUGGAAACAGUGCAGAACUUGAUGACUGUUGCAGGGUCGUGGCAGUCCUGGGUGCAGAGCAUCACCCAGGGUGUGGUGUGGUCAGCCAGAGCAGCCUGGUGGAUCCAUUCAGCUGAGGGAGCACAGUGUGGAACAGCAGGAAUGCUGCAGUGUAGCUGGGGAGUUUGCAUGAAGGUUCUUUGUAGCUGGGCUGAAGCUUGCACCAUCCAUUCUUUAUUUCCCAAGUGUACAAAAUCCUGUGAAUGCUUUGUUUGUCCUAAGCAGUCGUGAAGCUGGUACAUUGAGACCCCCCUUGGUGCUGCUCUUUGGACUCUGGCAGGACUUCCUUUGCCAGGCUGUGGAGUCUGUUGUGACGAGUGUGUGUUGGUGUGUGCAUGUGUGUGCUCGGCGUUUGUGUGUGUAUGUACAGUACACAUGCAUCUACUGCCUGGUGUAAAUUGUAAAUAUGUAUUUAUGUACAGGUACUUGUAUAUGUAUUAAAAAGAAUGAACCACUACGAUGUCUAUAUACAAAAUUUAUAUAUACACACAUACGCCAUGUUGGGUGGAAUCCACAAGGUGCUGCAGAUCAUUUGUGGUUGUACUAAAGGUCAUGGCUCUUCUGCCACUGUAAUUUGCUGUUUCCAGGGACUUACCCUUGGGCCUUGAAGUAAUUGAUAACUGAUUCCAGGUACAGGAGCCCUCAGUUAGCCAAGGGAAUGGGUAUCCCUGUAUGUUACAGUGAUAAGAUCCAUGUAUUACUGUGAAGCUGAUCUUGCCUGGUAGGAGGCCCCCAGUUGCUAAAACGUGGGAUUGUAUGUGGAGGCUAAAGAUGCAAGAAGCCUUUGAUGCAGCAGCAAGUGAGAGGCAGGUUAUCUGUUGCCCUGCCUGCUGUUCCUCUACCAGCAGCGUUCAGCUUGCAUGGAAAAAGGGAAUUGAGUUUUCCCCAGGUCACUGCCUUCCAACCAAAUGCUUUUGCUUUGCUUUAGCUUUUGCUUUGAUGAAGCUAUUCCUUUUUUGGUUCCAUCUCUAUGGAAAAGAAAAGAGUAUGCUGUUUCCAAGCAUAGGAGUGAUGAUGAUGAUGAUUCCACUCGUGUGGGCUGGUGAAGCUGUGGGACAUUGCUUGUGAACUGACUGGGAAAGCCUUGGUGGUCCUCACCUUUGUUUAGGCUGAAGUGGGGAGUCCCUGCUUGUGACCUGAGGGGCUUCUACCAUUUGCAGCCCUUCGAGGAAGUUGUGUUUGCUUUUUGCCAAGGUAGAUCUCAUCAGAGAAGAAUGCACUUUUUAAAAGAAGAAGCUGGAAUGUAGGAGGAGAAUAUAGGCCUUAAAAAUUAGUUCAGAAGCUGAACUUAGCAGCAAUGACUGUUCUAGUGAAAAAUUAGUUUUUGAGGUUCCUAAUUCUCCUCUUACCCGCUGAUCUUUGUUAGAAGGUCCAGUGCUGGGACGUUCAAAGAUAAAGAUUUCACUCCUGUUGUGUUGGGAGGAGUGUGGAAUUGUACUGUGGAAGCAGAGGGCUCAUACCCUCUGUCUGCUCUAGCUGUAGCUAGGAUGAGUGUCUGCUCUUGGAUUUUGAGCCAGCCCCUUCUUUCCCACCCAAAGAACUGCAUUCAGUAUGAAAAUGUUGAUAUUUUCCCCUCCAAGUAAAAGCUUGUCUUGUUUGAACUAAGUCAUUCUGAACUUGUGCUACUGUGUGCUCUGUGCUAUGGUCGUAGGUACCUCUCGGUGUAUGCUUGUGUGUACUGAAGAAAAUCUGGUUUUGUAUCUCGCAGUCCUCAGUGUGGAAGCCAAGCAAAGACUGAACCAUUUUUAAGUGAGAAGAGAACAAAUCCUUUUCUUCUCAGGCCUGAUGCCUUCCCUCUUGUCUCGCUCUCCCUUUCUCCAUGUAUCUUUAUUGCUUAUAUUAGCGGAGAAGACUUGCCAGCACCAGGCAAUGCCAAAUUAAAGGGGUGAAUUCUGCAUGUGAAACAUUGAGAGGACAAGGUGAACUGGACCAGCUGUGUCCUUACAGGACUGCUCCUGCCUGGCUCCCUACUCUCUGCAUGUGGUGUGCUCAGAUGAAUCCUGCUCCCACAGUAGGUUUGUGCUCCUGCUCAAAUUGGCUUUGGAACAUCUUGCCAAAGUUACUGCUGUUGCCUUUUUUUUCCCCUUUGACUUCUCAAAAUAACAGUGUCAGGGCAAUGCAGGGUUAUGAGUCUUUAAUGCUUUGGUUUUUCAUUCCUCUUGGGAUGUGAUGUGUCAUUUUGCUUUGUGCACCAGCUAAAUGGAGCACUGACUUCUGUGAGCUGCACAAACAGGACAUGCGCCCUGGAGUGCUUUCUUGAGAAGUUUCAGGACCUUUCUUUGAGUAGUUCAUCAAAAUAAUGUCUGUCAAGUCAUGACUGACUAAACCCCUCAAGACUGUUCCCCAGGGGGAUGUGCAGAGAUGUCUUUAAAGGAUCAUAGGAAAUAGAUGGGGGCAACAGGAAAUCUGGCUUCAAUUAAUCAUCUUCAGAAGUUACAAUUUGAGUAUCUCUGGUCAGGCUUCUCCCCUCAGGAUGGGAUGGAAGUGCUGUUCCAUAGCCCACCCCUGGCUUGAGUUAGGAAGCACCUCCCCUGCCUCACUGCCUCCCGUGUCCUGUAACCAUGCUGUGCUGCAAGUCUGCUCUUCCCAAAGCUAAAAAUCUUGGAAUCUGUCUGAACAAGUGUUUUGUCUUGAGGUUUCUUUUGUAAAAGCUUUACCUGUGUUCAGUUCCUCAGUAACUGUCGGUGAGUGCAGCUCAGUCAGUGGUGCAGCAGCGGCCGAGCCUCACUCACUCCUGGUGUUGGGGGCUGCUCCUGGGGCUGAGGGAGCUCUGCAGGCAGGAACACUUACAUGAACAAGGAAAAAAUUAAUACAGAGAGCUGAAAACUGCUCUGUGUGCCUCGUAAGGUCAGACUGGACAGAGCAGCCGGGGCAGAGAUCUGCAGAGCAGAUGAUACUGCUGAAGGGGCUCUCCCGUAUUUGUAACGUUGGACUUUAGAGCAAUACUGAUCUGUGACCAAAUGUAUUUAGGUGCUUUGAAGAUCAAUAGGGAUCUGCUCACUAGAGCAGAGGAUACACAUAACUGCUUCAGAUUUAGGAGUGCCAGCCACUUUUUGUUUUCCUGUCUAAACCAUUGCCAAGACUGAGGAGAGUUAGUUCAGGAUUUCUGAAUGUGACAUUUUUUGGGGUUAAGGACUGUCUCUGUAUUGUGCCCAGAGGCACGCACAGAUGUUUUGUUCCUGGUUUGAUUCCCGCUGGGAGCAGACCCCAGCACAGCUGGCUGGCCUGCAGGAGCCCCAGAGCAGAACAGAUCUCACCAGCCCUCCUUGCAGAGCAAACCCUGCUGGGAGGAUCUGCCCCCUCACAGAUGGCUUUGGCACGUGUUGGUGACGGUUCUGCCAUUGAACUGGUUUGUUGGGAGCAGGAUUCUGCCUCAUGCAGGCUGAAAAGCACAAGUGGCUUCUGCCCUGGGCCCGGCCCAGCGAGAAGAGGAGGGGAGCGCAGGUGGGAGCGUUCUGGGAAUGCAGAGGGACCGUGCCUCGGGCAGCCCAGCUGCGGAGGCACACGGAGCGUUUUGCCUCUCUGAGAAUCAAAUUAUUUAUUACCAAAAGUAAUUUUAUAGUGAAUUGGUUUAAAGUUAUUUUACAGCUGUGUGCCUGUAUAUCGUAUUUUGGUAAAAACGGAUAUUUUCCUUAAAAUAUAUAGAGAUAUAUAAAUAAACUUUUUUUGGAGCAAAUGGA